ACUGCAAAAGAAAAUAAAAAGUCAAUGUCGAAUGGCAAUACUUGUCCUAAAGUUUCAACUAUAAAUUAAAAAUGGAUCUGAGAUGCAAUAUUCAGAGUGAGAGCCUAAUUUUUCUGAGAUUCAGGAGUGUUUGGACCAAGGAAUUUAGAUUAGACUUCUCUCUAAUAUCAUAAAAUAAAUAAUAGCAAUAAAAAUAAAAUUAAAAUACCCACAAAUUUGAUAUGUGCACUGUCAUACUUCCCUUGUAUUAGGCAGUCCUUUUAAUUUUACUCUGGUAAUAUUCUAAAUAAAUUCCACCUAAAAGAUUAACCCAGUUUAGUCAAGGUAAUAUGCAACUCUCUUUGAAAUUUUGUAACUCUGAAACACUGAUAAUAAAAUUAACAGUGAACCAAAAUUUUGGAUCAUGGAAGAUUUCAAACAUUUGAUUUUGAAAAGCCACCACCCCAAUAGUCCUAUUCAUUCGACACAGACUAAAAAGCUCUGUGCACUUCUCAUUCAGCUAUCACAUUCAGAGCUCUAUGGGACAUCUGUCGCAUUCAAAUAUAUCCAGUUUCCCAGACAAUGAACUUUCUUGUGUUAGUUUCUGCAUUUGCCCUAAUAAUUUUGCAGUAAGGUUUAUAGAAUUACACUGUACAGUUUAACAUAUUAUUCCAUCACCAUUCUCAGUCUUGAUUUAGUCCUUCAAACUAACUUGAUCUGAUGUGUGUAUGAUUUUGUUUAAAUUAAAACAUGUUCAAUAAACCUAUCAGGGAUGAAGUGUUUAGGAGGGUGAGCUAAACUGGGCAACUAACAGUUGCAUGAGAAAACACUGCCAAUAAAUAGCCUUAUUUAACCACAGUUUUUAUUGGUUUGCUAACCACUGAAUACAUCAAACAAAAAUCAGGCAAAAAGAGUUAAUCUUAUAAGUACCUUUAAAAAAAUUUAUGCCUAUGCCAUUCCCCCUUCCAAGGGGUGAGAUGCAGAAUGUGUUUUGUAUUUAGAUAAUUCUUUUCAUGAUUUUUUUACAGGGCACUACCAUAAUUUGUAUUUGCCUUUUUAAUUCCAAACAGCAGUGUUUCGAAAUUCCUGACUUUUUAUCACUAUGUUAGUUGAUGCAAACUGCACCCUAACUGAAGUCUGCUUGCUUGUCUUAGGUCAGUGUUAUCUCAGACAGCUAGUCUCAAUACCCGCAGGUAAGACUACUUACUGAUACAGAAACCCAAUCCAUUUCAUCCAAAUUAUCCCAACCAGUGGCUCUGAAACUUUCCAGUCUACCAUACCCCUUUCAGGAAUCUGAUUUGUCUUGCCUGCCCCCAAGUUUCACCUCACUUCAAAACUACUUGUUUACAAAAUCAGACAUAAACAUAUAGCAGUGUCACAGCACAUUAUUACUGAAAAAAAAUGUUUCCUUUCUCACUUUUACAAUAUAACUAUAAAUCAAUUGGGAAUGUCUAUUUUGUACUUACAUUUCAGUGCAUAUACCUAGAGCAGUAGAAACAAGUUAUUGUCUGUAUGACAUUUUAGUUUGCACUGACUUGGUGAGUGCUUUUCAUGUAGCUUGAUGUAAAACUAAGUAAAUAUCUAGAGGGGAUGAUGGACUUUCUUGGAAGAACUUUGGGAAAUCCCAGGAGUAAAUCAACCCCUAGCUGAGACUCACAGAUCCCAAAGGUUUAACAAUCUUUGCAAACUAUUUACCAACUACUAUCUAGGGAUGACUACAGGCAUUUACACAUUGCAUGGCAACACCCCGCAGGGGAAGGACGGAAUUGAAGAAACACCUGGCUUAGCUGACUUACCUUACAGCGGAUGAUUAUUAAUUGUUAUUAAGCAAGGCAGACUAGUUACUGAACUACAAUUCAGUCACAACCCCCGCCUGAACAGAACCACCUGGACCCAAUCUGCGCAUGUUGCCAUGUGCAAAGAUCGCCCCCCCGAAGGUUUCCCCACCUUCCGAGCCAGAGGAUCCCAGGAGCACUGGGCGGCCAGAGGGGUCUAUCCCCACCGACGCCAGCCCAGGUACAGCAGGAUCGUCCCGCUUCGCGCCUUCCCACAGCUACGCCAGCUCCGGCGGCCCCUCUCCUCUGUCAGGGGCGCCUGUGGGAGGCGGGAGGAGCGGGGGCGGGAAAGUAGGACGACAGAAGGGCGCAGAGCCGGGGAAGAACAGGAGGGGGGCGGGGGAGUUGGCGCUGCUGGGUUUCUCACGGGCCACAAGUGCCCCUUGGGCAGGGCCGGCCGUGGGGCUCACCUCAGGCGGGCUCCCCUCCCGCGGGGCAGGCAGGAGGCGGCCCCCUGGGGAUGGAGCGUUUUUCUUGUUCUCCUUUGCUCUCAACACCAUUCCGUAAAUUUGAACGCGGACCCAAAUCGGAGAGGGAGCCAGGAUGCUGAUCUAUUUACGGUGCCUUGUGUCCCAAGCGAUCCCAGAGCCAGCGUAAAAGUCACCCCCUCCAAAUGACACAUUAAGGGCUGCAUUUUCCCAUCAUUCAUAUACACAAAAGAAGCUGGCUAGUUCUAACUUGACUAGUCUGCACACCCCACCGUGUACACCGCCCCUUUUCUCCACAGCUGCUCUACCUUUCUGCCAAAAUGUAAACAGCGACUGCUGAAAACCAUUUCAGGACAAACACACCAAGAAAUGGCACCUUUCAAUAAAUGCAAAGCCGUGCUAGUGUUGGAAUUCAACUGGAUUCUAUACAACAUUGCAGGUCAUGCUGUAGACACCUGCAAUGUUAUCAUAACACAACACCCACUUAAGGAAGUAGACAACACUGUCAACACUGUGAACAUAACGUGCCGUUUUUCUGCUUCCAACUGUUCUGGAUCCCAGCCUCAAAUUCUAUGGUUUCGCUAUUUUGCUUUUACACAUGAGGCUUUGUGUACACCUACGUGCACAGAUACACAGAAGUUCACAGUUGAAUCAAAUUCUUCACUUCAGAUCAAGAAACUGACCAUAAAUGACAGUGCCAUUUAUAUCUGUGGAAUAGCAUUUUCAGAUUCAAAUGCAACCACAUCUAAGCAAGUUGGGAAUGGAACAAAAUUGGUGAAAAGAGGGCCUGAGAAGGACAGCACAGAAGUAUAUAUCCUCAUGAUAGUCCUCUCAUCUCUGCUCUUUUUAUACAACACUGCCAUAUUUGCAGUCAUUAUAUUCUACAAGUCAAAAUCCAAACUAGUAAAGAAAACCAAGAAAGAAGACGUAAAAGGAGAACACCAUAAAAAUAUGAGUGGCCGAACAGUUUGUCGAGCAAUUGUACAAGAACUGUACAAGAAGAGAUAUGCUAACAACCAUAAUCAGCCAGAGUGUUUGGAACCAGAUAACAUCUAUCAAAACAGAUAAGAUUCAAAACACAACACACAAUUCAAGAUACCUAAUGUGAAAUGCAACUCAGCAUGUCUGAAACUAAACAAUUAAUUUUUUAAAAGAGACUUACCUUGCUAAAAAAAAUAAAAAUAAAAAUCCUUUCAGAAUCCAGUGCUUUAAAAAAAAUGUUUUGCAAAUAGAUCAAACACAAAUAACAGCAUUCCAGCUAAACUGUAAAAAGUAUUGCAGUUAUGUUACUAUUACCAAGCCCCGUCCCUCUGCAAAAUAAAAAUUUUGGAAAAGGACUUUAUUUUCCUUUGAAGAGCCACUAAUACCUCAUGUAAAUUUCCAUAUUUAGGGUUUGUACUACAUAUACUUUUUUAUUUUUUGUGAAUGUAAUGCUUCUGAAAGUUUUGAGAUGGGAGAUAAAGGAAAAUGAAGCUUCUUGGUCAAA